AUGAGAGCAAGUCUGGCUGCCGGCUUGAUUGCCAUCACGAGCGUCGUGAAUGGAUGCUUCCUCACGAUCCCGACCAUACCGUUCAACUGCAAGCACGGACAGUUCUCUCUCCAGCACGUCAAGAGCAUAGUCCUCGACGCCCGCCAUGCUCAGGCGGUCGACAAGACGGGCCAGACGCUCAUCCCCCCCACGCUUGAAGACUUCACCCGCACCUUCAAGGAAGAUCUCAAGUCAAGCCUCGGGAUAGACGUGCCCGUGGUUCGAGACACUCGACCGGCGCCCAACUCCAUCUUCGUGACCAUCGAUGACGACGGCUCUCAGUUCAAGGACGCGGCCGGGCGCCAUACGGCCGAGGGCUACCGACUGUCUGUCAACGCCGACGGCAUCACCAUCGCGGGCGCGAGUGCCUUGGGUGCCUGGUGGGGGACGCGCUCCGUCCUGCAGACCGCAGCUCUCAACGACAAGAAUGUCGCCCACGGGGAGGGCGUUGACGCGCCCGGAUGGGCCUACCGGGGCAUCAUGCUCGACGGCGGGCGUCACUUCUACCCGCCAGACUUCAUCGUGGAAAUGUGCGCGUACCUGUCCUUCUUCAAGCAAAACACCCUGCAGCUGCACAUGAGCGACAACCUCAACAACUACCCGCAGCGGUACUCGCGCGAGCGAACGAUGAGCCUCUACUCGGCGUUCCGUCCGUGGUCCGACGACCCGGCCGUGGCGGGACUCAACGACCGCCGCAACGAGUCGUACACGCGCGACGAGCUCGACGACCUGCAGCGGCGGUGCGCGCGGCGCGGCGUCACCGUCGUGCCUGAGAUUGAGGCCCCCGGCCAUGCUUUGGCCAUUGUCAAGUGGCGCAACCAGAUAGGCCUCGAGGACCUUAGCAUGCUCAACAUUACGCACCCGGACACGAUCCCCACGAUGAAGACCAUCUGGAAGACGUUUCUGCCGUGGUUUCACUCCAAGGUGGUGCAUAUUGGGGCUGACGAAUACGACGAGGCCCUUGUCGCCGAUUAUACGUACUUUGUCAACGAGAUGGCAUCCUUCAUCAAGGAGGAGUCGGGCAAGGACAUGCGCAUCUGGGGCACCUUUACGCCCAAGCAGGGCGCCAACGUCUCCAAGGACGUCGUCAUCCAACACUGGUCGUCACGCAUGGACAACGCGCUUUUCGACUUCGUCAACAACGGAUACCAGGUGCUCAACGCCGACAACUCCUUCUACGUCGUCAACAAGUAUUCGGCGUCCUACCCGCCGCCGCUGAAAAAGUCCCAGGCAUUCAAGGGCGGCAACCCCGCGACGGGGGGGCCCUUCUCGCCAAACAUCUUUGACGUCAAAAACGCAACCAACAACCCGCCGAGGGACAGCGCCGCCGUGCAGGGACAUCUCGUCGCUCUCUGGAACGACUGGGGCCCCAACGGCACUACGGUGCUCGAGGCGUACAGGACGUUGCGCGAUGUCCCCGCACUGGGCGACAAGCAGUGGGGGGGGGAGUUGACAGAAGACCAGUACGAUGGCAUCAUCGAUGCUCUACGCGCGGUCGUUCCGGGUCAGAAUCUCGAAAGAACGGUCCCCUCAAAGACUGACGUCGUCUUGGACUACCGCUUUUCCAACUGCGGAAAGGACUCUACCUUUGUCAGGGACCGAUCGGGCAACGAUUACCACGGCCGUAUACACGGCGAGGGCUGCAAGAUCAACGGCUCGACACUCUCCUUCUCGGGCAGAUGUCACAUCGAGACCCCGCUCAAGAGCAAGGGCAGAGACUACACGCUGUCAUUCUCCGUCAAGCCAAGCAGCGCCAACAAAGAGGGCACCCUCUUCACCGGACCGGACUCGACGCUUCUCUCCGCCUCGGCCGACGCGGCGGGUAACGUCACCAUGGUCAGCGGCGGUGAACAUUACGCACUCAACUAUAGUCUCCCCGUAGAUACCUGGACGAGCGUUAGCCUCGUAGGCAAAGGCAAUCGGACCUUUUUAUCCGUCUUGUCAGGUCGCGAGCCGCAGAAGAUGGAGUUCCUGACCCGGCUGGGCAUAUGGGGCCAGCGGUUCGUCUGGGCGCCCAUGGCGUUUGAGGCGCCGCUGGCACGCAUCGGGGAGGGGUUCGUUGGUGAGAUGAGAAACAUUACUCUACGUAGCAGCGCGUAGGAUGUUUGCUUCGUGCAUGUUGGGUGCUACAACGAGAUGACACUGGCGACGACGGUGUGCCCGGGA